AUGGUCUUCCACAAACACAUCCUUCCUAAUGUUGUCACUUACAAUUCUUUGAUUCAUGGCCUUUGUAACUUAUGCUGUUGGGAUGAGGUCUCUAAAUUGCUCAAAGAGAUGGAGGACGAAAGGAUCUCUCUCAAUGUUCAGACGUAUAAUAUAUUAGUUGAUGCAGUUUGCAAGGAAGGUAAGGUGAAGGAUGCAAAUUGUAUUAUCAACUUAAUGAUUGAAAGAGGGAUUGAUCCUAAUGUAGUGAAUUACAAUUCACUUAUUGAUGGGUAUUGUUUGCGAGGUGAAAUGAGCAAAGCAAAGGAAAUUUUAAAUUUGAUGGGAUCUUAA